AUGGGUUGGAUAAUCGCCACCAGGAAUUUGGCAAAGGGCGCACGAUCCAAGGGCAAACGAAUCUACCACAAAGUUUUCGGACCUUCCCACAAGCAAUGGAAAAUGAUGAAGGACAUGCUGAACAUCUUGGUCCGGGACCAGAAGAUGGAAACAUCAUUGGCCCGAGCCAAGGAGCUGCAGCAAUAUGCAGAGGAAAUAGUCUUCCUUGCCAAGAAAAAUUCUCCGUACCAUGAUGGGCUUGUGGAAAGCAUGUUGACCUCUCCAGAGGCCAGAAGGAUACUCUAUGAGCGGAUGCUUCCGCGCUAUCAGGAUCGACACUUUCACUUUUCUCGAGUGCUGAACCAGUGGAGGUACAGAGAGCGAGACACGACACCGAUGGCUAUCAUCGAGUAUGUCGACCGACCUGGUGAGCUGCGUCCUGCGAAUCCCGUGGGGGCGGCAAGGAAGCAGCACGUGGCGAUGGA